AUGACUCUCGGCACUGGCGCGGUUGGUUUGACUCUCACAGUAGCAAGCCGUAUCCAUAUCGUCGAGCCUCAGUGGAACCCAUCCAUUGAAAGCCAGGCUAUCGGUCGCGCUCUACGCCUCGGACAAGAGAAACAAGUCACAGUUGUUCGGUACAUCAUGAAGAAUACCGUAGAACAGUAUGUCCAGAGCCGUCAAUCAAGGAAACUACAACUUGCGCGGUUGGGCUGGGAUGCAAACAGCGAUGACCCAGAGGAAGACAAACUCAAGACCUUGAUGGAUCUGCGCUCAUUGCUGGAACUACCGUCAAACGCUCCCUGA